AUGUCGGUCAAGAUCCUCAGCAGGUUCUACAGCUGCACUGUGGAGAGCACCCUGACCAGCUGCAUCAAUGCAUGGUACGGCAGCACUACUGCUAUGGACCGCAAACACCUGCAGAGAAGCUCCUUAGAUCACAUGACCUGGACGACUGAACCUACAGACAUAUUGACCUGGUUUCUAGGUUACAUGACAGGUCAGAGACUCACUGAAGUCCACAAGAAGAUGAUGAUGAUGGAGGAAGAGGAGGAGAGAGUAGAGUCUACAGGAUCCAGCUGUCCAUCUGUGACCAGUGACCGAUCGAAAGGUCACAAACCAGCCCUCAGUGCUGAACCUGGACCAACGAGACUGAGUGGUUGUAACCUGUCAGACAGAAGCUGUGAAGCUCUGUCCUCAGUCCUGAGCUCCCAAUCCUCUGGCCUGACAGAGCUGGAUCUGGGUAACAACAACCUGCAGGAUUCAGGAGUGAAGCUUCUGUCUGCUGGGAUGAAGAGUCAAUACUACAAAUUGGAAACGCUGAGACUGAGUGGCUGUAACCUGUCAGACAGAAGCUGUGAAACGCUGUCCUCAGUGCUGAGUUCCCAGUCCUCUAGUCUGACAGAGUUGGACCUGGGUAACAACAACCUGCAGGAUUCAGGACUGAAGCUUCUAUUUUCUGCAGUGGAGAGUCCAAAGUGCACACUGGGAAUUCUCAGGUCAGUAUUCAGUCUUUUCUGA